AUGUUAAUAAGUGUUGUUUUAUUAUUUCUUCUUAUUAUUAAACCAAUUCAUACAGCUAUUCAACGAUUACCAUCAAUAUCUUUAAAUGAACAAAGUUCUAUUGGUACAUCAAUAUAUGAUUUAACACGUGUUUAUCCAUCAUCAUCAAAUAAUUUAAUAAAAUUUUCUUUUUUAUAUGAUUCAAGUUCACAUAAUUCAUUUUUUAUUGUUGAUUCAUUAACAGGUCGUAUAUCUAUAAAACGUAUGAUUGAUCGUGAAGAAUUGUGUCAAACACAUACAUGUAAUUGUGAACGAUGUUUAUUAACAUUAGAAAUAAUAGCAUCAACAUUACAAACAAUUGAUAUAUUAUCGUUAGAUAUAAUUAUUGAGAAUAUAAAUGAUAAUCAACCAAUAUUUCCUACAUUAACAUUUCAAAUUCGUCUAUCAGAAAAUACUGACAUUGGAUAUAUAGCGUCAUUUCCCGCAGCAACUGAUUUAGAUAAUCAAGAUCGUCUUGAAUAUCGUAUUAUAUCAUUGGAUGAAACAUAUAAUCAAGAAAUUUUCGAAGCAUUUUCAAUUGUUAAUUUACAAACCGAAAAUCAACUUGGCUUACGUUUAUUAAAGUCUCUUGAUCGUGAAAAACGAAAUAUAUAUAAAAUGAAAAUUUUAGCUAAUGAUGGACAACAUAUUGGUAAAUUAUUAUUAGAUGUUUAUAUUCUUGAUUCAAAUGAUAAUGUACCAAAAUUUGAACAUGAAAAAUAUCAAAUUAAAUUACGUGAAGAUACUCCCAUUGGAACAAACAUUAUUCAUAUACAUGCUUAUGAUAAUGAUGAAGGUUUAAAUGCAUUAAUUAAUUAUACAAUUAUGACGGAUAAUCCAUUAUCUUCAUUUCCUUUUCAAAUUAAUGUAACAACUGGAAUUAUUAAAUUACUACAAUCAUUAGAUUAUGAGUAUGAAACAAACUAUCAUUUUAGUGUUCGUGCACGUGAUAAUGGACCUGAUGCAGUUAGUGUUUAUGCUCAAAUAGAAAUCGACAUACUUGAUGUAAAUGAUUGUCCACCAGAUAUUGAUUUUAUUUUACCAGAUAAUCAUUCACAAAAAAAUAUUUUUUAUAUUGAAGAAGAAAAAGAAAAUAAUACACGUCUAUUUCAUUUAAGUGUUAGUGAUAAAGAUUCAGUAAAUAAUAAAAUUCUAUUAAAAUUAUUAACAUAUCAAAAUUUAUUUCAAUUGAAUGAACAAUAUAAUGAUUUAUAUAAUUUAGUUAUUAUUGGUAAACUUGAUAGAGAACAACAAGAAGAAUAUAAAUUAAUUUUUGAAGCCAAAGAUCAAGGUACAGAACAAUCUUUAACAACUCAAAAAAAUAUAACAAUUAGUUUAAUCGAUAUAAAUGAUUGUUCACCAAUACUUGAUCCAUUUCCAACACCAAUUAAUAUUAAUGAAAAUAAUCCUUCAAAUAUUCAACUUAUUCAAUUUCAUGCACGAGAUUGUGAUGCUCCAAAUACAUCAAAUAGUCUUCUUUCUUAUUCACUUUUACUUUCGAAUGAUUCUCGAUUUUUUCAUAUGGAUUCUAAAACUGGAAUACUUUCAGUUAAAAAUAUUUCAUUUGAUUACGAAUCAAAAUUAACAUAUCAUUUAAUAUUAAAUGUAUCUGAUCAUGGAAUUUAUCCUAAACGAUUAGAAACAUUACAAUCAUUAACAAUUCAUAUUAAUAAUAUUAAUGAUAAUAAACCUAAAUUUGACAAAGAAUCAUAUUCAUUUAAAGUAUUAGAAAAUGUUCCCAUAGGAACAUUAGUUGGUCAAGUUAAAGCUAUCGAUUUAGAUUCAAAUUCAAUCAUUCAUUAUGAAUUAACAUCUAUGGAUGAGCAAAAUGUAUUUUAUAUAGAUUUCUUAACUGGUCAAUUACGUACAAAAGCUUUACUUGAUUAUGAAAUUUGUUCAACCUAUCGUUUCUAUAUUACAGUUAAAGAUAAUGAUGAUCUUCAUUCUGAUCGUGUAUUAAUAAUGAUUCAAUUAAUCGAUACUAAUGAUAAUUCACCGGUUAUUGAUACACCAUCAUCUAUUUAUAUAUCAAGUAAAUUAUUAGAAACAAAUGUAUCAAAAAUAAUUCUAAUAACAAGAAUAAUUGCAAAUGAUUAUGAUUCAGAAAAAAAUGGAAAUUUAACAUAUAGAAUUAUUGAUGGUAAUGAAAAUGAUUAUUUUCAAAUUAAUUUCUAUAAUGGAACAAUAACAGCAAAUACAAAUAAUUUACCAGAAGGAUAUCAUCGCUUAACAAUAAAUGUAUGUGAUCAAGGUGAAUAUAUUGAAAAAUGUUCAACAAUAAUUGUAAAUAUUAAAAUUGGUGAACAUAUUGAAAAAUUAUAUUAUUCAGAAGAAAUUUUUCCAAAAAAACAAUUAAUUGAAGAUGAAAAUAAGUUAACAAAUGAAAUGUUUUUUCUUAUUAUUAUUAUAUCAUCAAUAUUUACAUUAGUAUUCAGUAUUACAAUGGGUAUUUUAUGUGCUGUUUUUUGUAAACAAAAACGAUAUCAUCAUAGUCAUCGAUCAUCAUUAAAAACACAGUGUGAAUUACUUCAAUCAACAGAUGCUGACAAACUUCUUUCAACAACUAAUACUAAUACUUUCUCAUCGACAAGCAAAAACUUGACUGAACAUAAUCAUCUUGAACCAUAUGAUGAUAUUAAAGCCUCAGGCAGUGCUGUUAGUUCAGAAGAUAGUUGCUAUGGAAGUAAUGAUUUAUCAAGAUCAAGUUCAAGUGCACAUGGUGUUACAAGACCUCUUCUUACACCACAACAUCGUUCAUCAAGUCUUAGUUCAACUAGUGUUGAUUAUGCUGUUCCAAUUCCACGAAAGCAAUCAAUAUAUAAUAAUAAAAUCGAAAAUCUAGAUAUUCAUCCAUCGACUAUAAAUAUUGAUGAUACUUUUCAACAACAACAAUCACUUCAUCUUACAACAUUUCAUUCACCAUCAAGUCAUUAUAAUUUUAAAAAAAGUGUUCAAUCAUUUGCACGACGACCUAUUGCUAAUUUACAGUCAACAUAUUUAACUUAUGAUACAAUUGAUGCACCACCAUCACUUCCAAAUCAAUCAUCGAAUUCAUCAUCAUCAUCAUCAACAACAACAACAACUAGUACUACAUCAAGAGAAUACAGUAUUUGA